AUGCUUCUUCAUCUUCUGGUUGGGAUCCUUCUUCAGACCCAAUUAAGGUAAUGUCUUUGAUUUAGGACCUUGUUUUCGGUCAUCACGAAAUAACAUACGAUGACCUUAAUGUGAUGCGUAAUGUUGUUUACAGCGUUAUCUGCGUAUGUACUUAGCUUUAUAAUAUUUUUAAUGAUCUUAUUUUAAAAUAAUUAGUAAUUAUUUUAAAAUAAUUUUUGGAAGAUAACCGUAUCCCGUCAUUAUUCACCUUAUUUUACAGCACAUCCCAACUUCUGAGUCCGUGUUCCUAUCCCCAUUAUGAAAAUCGAGGGGAAUGUGCAUUACAGGAGACAUCGAUUCUCAAGGGAUGGGCUUGUGAUCCAGAAAAUACCAUAAGUAUGGCCGAAUGUAAGUGCAAUUAUCUCCAGUAGAAUGCAAUUACAGUACACAUCCUGAACAACUAUAUUACGGACAUUUAUCGGAUUCAUGGGAACACAUGUCACUGCCCUAAGGUCAUUUUUAUUUUUAUAUUUUUUUCAGUAAUUUUAUUUUUAAAUUUAUUUUUAUUGCUUUAGGCGGAGAAAUCGGAUCAUUGCGGGUAUAAGUUUGGCUUUGCCUUUAUCAAAAACAUUUCCCAAGCUGUCUAUCCCUCUAUGGAUCACUUAACCAAAGGCUUUUGCCCUCAGGAUCUUCCAUUAUCCCCACGAAAAGGAGAGUUCACAAUUCCGUAAGUACAAAAACUUUUUUUUUAUUGCGUGUUCUAGAGAAGAAGUCCUCAAUUAUGUCCAAAACUAUGCGCGUAUCGUGCGAGAACGAUGGAAUCUGGGGACUUGUGGGGAAGACAUCCUCAUUCUGAUCGUAAAUGAACCCCCAGAGCAACUGAUUCCCCAUGCUUUCAAUCAACGACGUUCUCAGCCAGUAAGUAUUUAUAAUUGUGAAGGGUGACAUAGAAAUAUUGGUUUUCGAGAAAACCACAAAGUUUGACCGAAAUAAGUAAAAUUGUAAUAUUUUUUACUUCAUAGAAAGGUGAAUUUAAGAGUGAAUAAGAGUGGCUUUUUUAAAUUUUGAAAUAUCGAAUUCCUCUGCUCGCUUGGUAAAAAUUCCACCUCUGGGCAAAAAUUCAAGAUUCCUUAAUUCAAAAAAUCUCGAAUAGGGUAAAAAUGAAAAACAAUUCUUCCCGAGUAAAAAAUUCUGGGUCAACUUUUGCAACUUUUGGGGAACAAUUGACCCCGGAAAGAGCCUGAACCCAGACUCUUUCCCUGCGAGAAAGUGGAUCGAUUCAGACUCCUUCAUCGAGGAAUGAAAGUGUCUCAGGCCAUUUUUUCAAAAUCUUAGGACCAUUUUUCAUUUUUAUGAUCUGACGCAGUAUGAAGGAGAUUACACUUGCAUGUGAUUGUAGUUCCUUGUCGUCUCAUUCGGGAAGCUGAUCACUACCAGAUAUGGGACUUCUUUGGAUCAAUCCGAGAUCACUUUGGACGCCUUGUCGAGGAUUGUGAACGAAGAGAACAUGAAUCUUCAGAAUGGAUAUCCCUUGAUCAAGGUCCUCAAUGAUUAUGUUUCAAGGACAAUAGAGACUCUGAAUUUGGCAGGAUACAAACUUCGAGUGCCGCACUCCAAGCAUCAUAUUCCGCUCUGGGCAUGGGUGAUUUUUGCUUCUUGCGGGGUCUUGUUCAUUAUGAUGGCUGCUGGUCUCUGUUUGGUCAAGUCGACGUCGAGAAGAGGUACCCUCCGGGGUAAAUCAAAUGCUCUUGAUCCGGCGAGAAGAUGGAAAGCGGGUUUUGUGGGAGGUAGGUGCUUGUAUCUACAUUUUUUAUUGGAACGUCGUCAGUUAGGGAAAAAGACAAUUGGGGCCGAAAGAUAUUUAUUUUUUGUGACUAAUCGUAAGGCACAUCAAUGGCUACAAAACUUCUUCUAAUUUUUUACCUUUGGCCCAUAAUUUUACUUUUAAGUUAAGUCAUAGCACGACAAACUUUCAUUUGGGGCAGAUUUCAAGGAUAUAUGGCCGACGAUUUUUAAAUUUCAUCACUCAAUUCGAUCCGAACCCUACAAAUUUAGUCCAAAGUUAAAAGUUGCGCAAUCCGACUCAACGUUGCGCAAUUUCUUUUGUAGAAAUUUCUGCUUUUCUCUGUCGCCUCCUCCUCUGCUCCUCCUUUUUUGUGAACUUUUUACUUCGGACUAAAUUUGUUAAGCUCGGAAUGACUUAGACGGGUUGACUUCCCCGCCAAAAUUACGGCAUCAUUAUAGCAGAAAACAAGGAAAAAGAGUAAAAUUAUGAAGGAAGAAAUAAGAAUAGUCAGAAGUCUUGUAGCCAUACACUACUGUAAAUCCACUUUCUAAUGCCACUUAUACGCAGACAAAUUUUUAUCACUUUCCCCAGACGUUUUUUCCAUAAUUGUCGACUUCUCCAACCGUUUUUUCCCCCGAUUGUCAAUCUCCGAUUAUUAUUAUAAGACAUUGUCUCGGGUUCAUUAUCUAAAGAUUUCGAGACAAUAGAGAAAAUAAUAAUGAUGCCCUUACCCAAUUAGAGUAUUCCAAAUACACAUUUAUUGUUGGUUCCCCUUGUUUAGAAGAGAAUCAGCCCAUUACGUACGUGAAUCUGGUACAGAUGAUGAUGCCCCACCCUCGGAAUCCUCCUCCCAAUCUACAACAACAAGUGUGAGCGUCCAUAUUCUUCGUUUCUGUCCAGAUAUCGUCCUUUCUCUCGUCCCCAAUGUCUUCAUUUUUACUGUCUAUUCCCUAAUUUCAGCACUAUUUGA